GGUCAGAGAGGAUGACAAUCGCAAUUGAAAUUGGGCGGUGCAUCAGAUAUUUGCAUGAAGAGUGCACCGAAGGUCCACUUGUUCACGGGAAUUUACAACCAUGUAAUAUUUUUCUCUCACGUGAUCUCAAACCCAUGAUUUCUAGUAUCAAAUAUACAAGACAGCUGCAAAGAGAGAAGUCAGAAUCAAGCCAUGAAAGAACCCCCAAAAGCUUCAAAACAAGAAGGGAUCAUGGGGGAACAGAAGACGAUGAGGUCGCAGAGGAGCAUCAACACAUGACUCCCAAGUUGGACGUGUACUCCUUUGGGGUGCUGCUACUGAGAUUGUUUUGCCGGGGAUUUCAAGAUGAAAGAGAACUCCUUCAAUGGGCACGUCCUCUAUUAGCUCGGCAUGCAUUUCAUGAACUGUUGGAUGGGCGUCUCGAAGGUUGCGAUACGUAUGAAUUGUAUCGGGUGAUGCUCACCGCUGCCGCUUGCAUAAGCCUCCCACCACUCGGUCGCCCUACCAUCACCCAAGUGGUCUCAAUGCUGGAAAGUAGGAAUUCCUCCAUCUUAACCCCAUCUCCAUCGUCCUCUUGUCAAAGUCCGGCGAAGGUCUAAAGUCUUCAUUUUGGUUACAAUGUUUUUGUAAAGCGAGGGAUCAGAGUUGUCAUUAUACAAUUGUCAAUUGGAAUUGUGUAAUUCUUUUAAUAUUUGAUUGAGCUAAUAAAAUCUCUUCCGGUGAAUGUGGAAGGUGUAUAUUGUAAUUUGUAUAUUUAGGAAGGGUAGAUAUAAUAUCUUGUAUUUAUAAUAAGUCUAGGGUAUAAUUUGAGGUAUAAUUUAAGUGUCUAUGAUUUAGUUUCUAUUAUUAUCAUCUGGAAUUUGUCUUUAAAAGACAAUACUGUAUAUGUAUAUAUAUCAAUUAAUGGACACUGAGUCUCUUCAGAAAAACCUGAUACUCUUCAUAUGGUAUCGGAUUUAGUUUCAUCUUUAUUGUCU